AUGUCUGCUAGAUAUCUCCCGUUGUUUGCCUUAUUAGCCCUCACUGUAGCAGCUUCAAACGUACCCUCUCAGGCAUCCUCCGAUGUCCAACCCAUUGCUUCGGCUUUCAGCUCUAUUCUUUCUCAACAUGCGCCCUUGACGCCACAGAUCCUUCAGACACUACUUGAGCCCAACAAAGUUAACUUGGCACGUAAUUCAUACGUGUACAGAGAAGGGACAACUCUCAAGCUCUUGGGAGACAAGUACACUGCGAGUGGGGCAAAUGUAUACUGGCUUGGAUUAGACGAGAAUGUAAUUCCGCCAGAGGGCGAGCCAUUCUAUGCACCGUUGAACGCAAGUUACCCCACACCUGGCAGAGUGACAGAGGCAAUGGCUACCUUGGUCAUGAUGGGUGCUCGUUUGAUCCGGAGCCAGACUCUUGGGGUGAGUACUGGCAACCCAUUGAGCUUGAUGCCAAAACUAGGGGUGUACAAUGAGGAUGCGUUCAAGACCAUAGACUGGGCAGUGUUCCAGGCUCGGCAGCACGGAUUGAGGAUUAUGGCUCCCCUUACUGAUGACUACGACUACUACCAUGGGGGAAAGUUCAACUUUCUGCGUUGGAGAGGGUUCAACAUCUCUGGUAGCGAUAAACCUCUGCCUCCAGAUACCUUGCAAUUCUAUACCAACGAGACUAUAAUCAGCGAUUUCAAAGAUUAUAUCAGACAUCUCUUGACUCAUGUCAAUCAAUACACCGGGAUUACCUAUGCCGAGGACCCCACGAUCAUCGGCUACGAAACAGGCAAUGAGCUCAAUGGAAUUAUAUGGGCUGACAAAGAUGUCCCUAACGAGUGGACGAAGGAGAUCUGUCAAUAUAUCAAAAAGCUUGGGCCGAAGAAACUCUGCAUUGACGGGACGUAUGGUGUCAACAGCACGCAUUUUGACGUCAAAGAAGUCGAUAUCUUUUCCAAUCAUUACUACCCCCUCAACAAUACCAUCCUUCAAGAUGACAUAGCGAUAGUCGAAGAAGCGGAUCGCGUAUACCUAGCUGGCGAGAUCGACUGGAGAGGUAACAGUGGUGACUCCUUGGCUAGCUUCUACGAUACCAUUCUGGCAAAGCAGAAUGCAAGUAAUCCAGUAGUUGCAGGCAGUUUAUUUUGGAGUCUGUUUGGGCAUGAUGUUCCUGAUUGCUCAGUAAGUGCUCCUCAUUUUUUUGAUGCAUUUGAUUUCUGUGGAAUGCGAUCUCGCAAGGCAGGGCUGAUGACAGCUGAACAGAAAUACGUUGAUCAUUCGGAUGGCCUCACACUGCAGUAUGGAAACCCGAAGAACACGGAACAAAACAAUACGCAGAUAAGUACGAUUAGGCAGCAUUACUUUGCAAUGCAGGGUAUCACGGUGGAUAGCUAUUUGCCGGCUGUGGCAUGUCCUCAUGGUUAUGUGCCGGGCUACGAAGCUGAGUAUACUUAUGUGUAA